ACCAAUGUCGGAUAAGCAUUGAAACAUUUCAUUGGUUUGAAAUUUUGUCUGUAGCUGAUGCUUUCGAAAACCAGCCAAUACACAUUCGAUGUUGCACGUAAAGGGCGGGUCUUGUUGCAAUAUAAAACGGAGGGUUGAGCCGUUUUCACACAUAAAGAAAGACUAUAUCAGUCGUAGUAAGGUCCACACCACCUCCAGAAAGAAAAAUGAGGGAAAUUGUGCAUCUCCAAGCUGGCCAGUGUGGAAACCAGAUUGGUGCCAAGUUUUGGGAAGUGAUAAGUGAUGAGCACGGUAUUGACCCAACUGGUACAUACCACGGUGACAGUGACCUGCAGCUGGACAGGAUCAAUGUUUACUACAAUGAAGCCUCAGGUGGAAAAUAUGUGCCCCGUGCUGUGCUGGUUGAUCUGGAGCCAGGCACCAUGGACUCUGUGAGGUCUGGACCUUUCGGCCAGGUCUUCAGACCAGACAACUUUGUGUUCGGCCAGAGUGGUGCUGGCAACAACUGGGCUAAG